UCGGGUUGCACAGUGUGAGAACAAACAUCAUGAGCUGUGAACUUUUAAACCCUGCAGUCUCAUCGUACAGUUUGAGCUGUAGCUGCGUGCAACGAUUGAAAAUAUCGCACAGUGUACGCCCGGCCUUAGCUAGAACACUAGAUGGGUUUCAGAAGGAGGCUCCCUGCGUCUCAAGAACCCAAAAACAUGUUUAAAGCAGCAAAUUAUUGGCAAAUGGUCAUGGAGUGAGCACCCAGUCUUCAGCUGGGUAGACAUUCACUGGCUGGAGCUAAAACUUUGAUCUGUAAGCACCAACCAGGGAGAGGAUCCCAUAGAUUUUGUAGAAAUUGCCUCCUGAGAUGUUAAAACUGGUUAUUAAAUAUUUUUAUUCCUGUUUCUUUCCAAAUGUUCUGGGUUUCUUUUUAGCUCUGUGAUUUUUAGCUUCAUGUGAAUAAAGGAAGUGAGAGGUGAGGGCCUGUUCUCAAAUGCAGAAGUGAAACAGGGCUGAAGAGCUGCAUCAUACGUCUGCAGCGCUACGCCGCCAUUUGCAACUGAGAAUAUCGCUCAAAAUAAACCAAAAGGACGGAGCAGAGGAGAGGAGCUUCCUGGAGAUAUGCUGGCUGAAGGUUUUCUCAGGUUAAUGUGCUACAGGGAGAAGAGAAGGUUUGCUACAGCAUCCCAAAGCAAAGGAUGUCAGACGAGCUCAGGAUGUGCCGACCAGCACAGCGGUUCCGUCUCUGAGGCCAAACCAAGGAUCCAUUCAGCUGAAGCAGAGCCAAACCAGGAAGAGCCAGACCGCAACCAACCCCAGAGACUGAGGGUGGAACGUCAUCCUCAUGGUCUCCUAAUUCCUGGCUGUUCCCCUGCAGCCCCCCUGCCUCCCAUCUGCAUAGAAGACUGCAGCCUUUUGGAGCAUUAUCCAGACCUGCAGGUGGCCGACUCUGGCCGGAUCUCACACAUUCCUCCCAGAACUGUGGCAAACCAAGAGGAUUCCAACUUUCAGUCUGAUGACCCUGAAAUGUACCUGUCAACAGAGAUCCAGCAGGAGUCCAUCCCAGACCAGGGGUAUCUGGUGAUGGGAGCAGGUAAAAACAUCAGCCUAGACCUCCCUGGUUCAGGCUUAGAGCCAAUGUCCAACUCUGUGUUGAAUGGUCUGCUGGAGAAACAGCUGGAAGAGGUUUACAUGCAGCACCUGACUGAUAACUUAGCGAGAUGUAACUCCCACUUUGGACACAGCCUUCUGCAUGGCUUGGUGCCCCCGCCCCAGCCUGGUAGCCAGUUAAAUGGUUCAGACUCCCUGGAGGCCAGUCUAGCGGAGGGGUGUGGAGUGGAGGGUACGGACAGAAUUAGUUACCUGAGCACCAACAAUGUAGCUCCCUGCUCAUCUACCUUCAGCUCACCUGUCUUAAGGAUCUCAGAGGUGGAGAAUCAUCAGCUUUCAGGGAACAUUCUGCCAAAGUGAUGAAGUAAAGUUUUAUUAUUUUUUCAUUGAGUCUUAAGGAUUCUAUCGGUUUUUUAUAAUGUUAAUGUUGUUUUUGCUUAAUGAAAAGAUGCCUGCUGCUUCAGAGCAGCUUUUCCAGCACAUCUGCUGCCUGAUUGUAGAAUUACAUCCAUCUUUCAAUAAACUGAAUUUUACUAAAUA